AUGGCUAAAAACAACACUACACACCAAAUCCUCUUACUCUUCUCAUUCCUCUCUCUUCUUUUUUCCAUCCAUGCUAAACUUCACCUCCACCCUUCCGACGCAAAAGCCCUCGCAACUCUCCGAAACAACCUCGGCCUCAAAACCAACGCCACAGACCACCCGUGCAACACGGAGGGCGUGUUCUGCGAAAAACGACUCACCAACAACGAAAGCUAUUCCCUCCGAGUCACAAAACUCGUUUUCAACUCAAAGAAACUCAGAGGCACGCUUUCACCAAUCAUUGGAAAAUUCACAGAACUCAAAGAACUCUCUCUUUCACACAACAAACUCGUUGACCGUAUCCCUUCCCCCAUAGUUGACUGCAGAAAGCUUGAGAUUCUUAAUCUCGGAGAUAAUCUUUUCUCCGGUGAAGUUCCUUCUGAAUUCUCCUCUCUCGUUCGUCUUCGUUUUCUUGAUAUCUCGGGAAAUAAACUCUCCGGAGACUUGAAUUUUCUUCGUUAUUUUCCCAAUCUAGAAACUCUUUCUGUUGCGAAUAAUCACUUUACAGGAAGAGUUCCCGCUUCGGUUCGGUCUUUUCGUAAUCUCAGACAGUUUAACUUCUCUGGUAACCGUUUUCUUGAAGCCCUGCCGUUGAAUCAGAAGCUUCUAGAAUAUGAUAAUACUAAUACCAACACCGCGAAUAAGCGCUAUAUCCUUGCUGAGAAUGAUAAUUCGAAUUCGAAGUCAAAUGGAACGAGGAUUUCUCGUUCUCAUUCGCCUGCUCCUGCACCUGGUCCUGCAGCAGUGGAUCCUCACCACAAGCAUAAGAAGAACAGGAGGAAGCUUACUGGAUGGAUUCUUGGAUUUGUUGCGGGCGCAUUCGCUGGGAUACUCUCUGGUUUCGUGUUUUCGUUGUUGUUUAAGUUGGCUUUGAUUGUGAUUAAAGGAAAAGGAAAAGGUUCUGGUCCUGCAAUUUAUAGUUCUUUGAUUAAGAAAGCUGAGGAUUUAGCUUUCUUGGAGAAAGAAGACGGGUUAGCUUCGAUGGAACUUAUCGGAAGUGGUGGAUGCGGCGAGGUUUACAAGGCGGAAUUACCGGGGAGUAAUGGUAAAAUGAUUGCCAUCAAGAAGAUUAUUCAGCCAUCUAAGGACGCAGCGGAGUUGGCUGAAGAAGAUAAUAGUAAGCUUCUGCAUAAGAAGAUGCGACAAAUUAAGUCGGAGAUUGAUACCGUCGGUCAGAUUCGUCAUCGCAAUCUUUUGCCUCUUUUGGCUCAUGUUUCCAGACCUGAUUGUCAUUACCUUGUGUAUGAGUUUAUGAAGAAUGGGAGUUUGCAGGAUAUGUUGAACAAAGUUGAAAGUGGCGAAGCGGAGUUGGAUUGGUUGACAAGGCAUAGGAUAGCACUUGGUAUCGCGGAAGGGCUUGAAUACCUUCACACGAGCCAUAGUCCUCGCAUAAUUCAUCGAGAUCUCAAGCCUGCAAACAUCCUUCUUGACGAUGAUAUGGAAGCUAGGAUUGCGGAUUUUGGACUCGCGAAAGUAAUGCCUGAUGCGCAGACGCAUAUCACUACUUCAAACGUGGCUGGCACGGUGGGAUAUAUCGCGCCCGAGUAUCACCAGAUAUUAAAAUUCAGUGACAAGUGUGACAUAUAUAGCUUUGGUGUUAUGCUUGGUGUUUUGGUGAUAGGAAAGCUUCCUUCUGAUGAGUUUUUUCAGAAUACUGAUGAGAUGAGUUUGGUCAAGUGGAUGAGAAAUGUGAUGACUUCGGAAAAUCCCAAGGACGCAAUCGACCCAAAGCUCAUAGGUAAUGGUUAUGAGGAACAAAUGCUUCUGGUUUUGAAGAUUGCUUGCUUUUGCACCAUGGAUACUCCUAAGGAGAGGCCUGAUAGUAAGAAUGUCAGGAUCAUGCUGUUCCAAAUCAAGCACUAG